AUGAACUCCCGCCCGCACAAACAAUCUAUGUCGGAGCUCAAGCUUCGGAGGCUGACGGAGCACAAUCAGCGGCUGCGGGAGGAUCUCGCCCGACCAAGGGUUCGUGUCAGUGAGGCCAGCGCAAGCCUGAUUCGUUACUGCAAAACGACUAAGGAUCAUCUCAUCCCCUCUGUGUGGGGCCCUGUGACCAAGGGCGAGGAUCCCUACGCGCCACCAGCGCAAGGAUGCAACUGCGUCAUAAUGUAG